AUGCUCCUCCUCCCCCUCUGCUGCGUCUUCAUCCGCAUCGGUCGCCGGCGCGCGACGCCGCGCGAGAUUCUAAGCACGGGCACGGACCGCCGCGAUAUAAGAAGAGCAGAAACCGCAUGGCGCCGCGAGUACGCGGACCGCGCGCCGCCGGUCGGCGAGACCACCGCCGCGUUGCGCGCGCUCGGCGCCGUGCGCGACGGCGACCGCGUCGCGAGCCUCCUGAGGUGGUGCGACGCGCGCGGCGCGGCCUACUCGCCGUCGGCCGCCGUCGCCGCGCUCGCGCUCGCCGGCCGCGCGGGCGCGGCUAGAGCUCGCGCCGCCGCUUCAGACGUCGACGCCGUCGCGGCGGCCCUCACAGCGGACGGGGUAUCGCCGCACCUCGCGGCGCUCCACGCGGCGCAGCGGACCGGCGCGCUCGAUCUGCACGGCCUCGAUCCGUCUGAAGCGACGCGGGCCGUCUCGUUGCUGCUCGACCACCGCGACCUUCUUACUGAUGAUGUUCUGGUCAUCACGGGCCGCGGCAAGCACUCUAAAACAGGCUCUGUCGUCAAGCGCGAGGUCCACGAGCUGUUGACGCGGCGCGGCGCCGUCUUCGUCGAGGAGAACGAGGGGGCGGUCCGGCUACAGACGAGGCCGGCGCUCUGGCUCGACGCAAGACGGGGCGGCCAGGACGUGGCGUCGCGCGGCGUCGUCACCGUGUUCCUCGCGGACGAAGCCUCGGAGGCGGCGGGCGACGUUGUCACAUUGAUCGCGCGCGGCGGGGACGUCGUCGACGGCGAUAGUAGGUGCGUAGGGCGCAUCGUCGACGCGUCCACCGGCGCCGAGGCGCGCGCCGAGGUUGAGGCAGUUGUUCGCGGCGGGGCGUACGAUCUGUUGGUCCUCGACGGAGCGCCUUCGGAAUUGCUCGCGUUCGCGCUCGAGCGCGCGGCGCGGUGCAACGGUAUCAGCGGCGCCGCGCUGACCGUGGUGCAGUGCGUCGCUGACGAGGAGGAGGUCAAUGCCGCUCUCCAGGCCGGCGCGACGACGCUUUGCGUCGCGGGGGACGCUGAUUCGGCCACGUGGGCCACCGCCUCGCGAGAGGCUACGCCAGCCGGUGGUGAGGACGACGAGGGGGAGGACAUCGAGGCCAUGAACAUUGAGCAGCUACAAGAGCUUAUGGAAGAAAUUGGCGGCCCGCGCGUCGAGGAGAUGUCCCUCGCCGACGCUCGUGAUGUCGCGUGGCGGUUCGUGGAGGCGGAAUUUAGCGCCGAGCACGACCAUGACCAUGACCACGAAGAGGAAGAAGAUGACAGCAUCGCCUACGUCGGCGGCGGCAAGUACACGGAGAACGUCUCCGAAUUAGACGACAUGGACCUCGAGGAGCUGGCCGAGCUGAUGGAGAGCGUCGGCGGACCCUCGAUAGGGAAGGACAUGUCCCUCGCCGAGGCGCGCGAUACGGCCUGGGGAUUUCUCGAGGAAAAUUUCAGCGACGUCUGCGAGGGCGACGAGUAAUGUGAUAUAUUGUGAAUCGGUGACUAGUCCUUAUUUGAG